UCGUCGCCAGUGUAUUAAAAAGCUAGAUUCACCAGUAUUGCGAGGUAAUAGUCGGAUUUAGGCACACAACUGAACAGAAAGUCGUUUAAUUCGUGUACUUUCUAGGCUUUUUAAAUGUAGGUUGGCGUACCCAGUCGCCGAUAACGUUAGUUGCUCUAUCCAGCAAGAGGAAGUUAGCUUAGCACAGCUAGCCUGAGCCAUCUAUUGUUAAUUAGCCAGCCUGGUUUUCUGCUGAGCGCUUAACUGUUGCAUUAUCAGGUACACGGAUGAUGCGUUUUACGUGGAAAAUGUGCCAUUUACAUAUUCUAGACGAGUUCUGUUCGACAACCGAGGGAAAGUAAUGAGCGAGUGAGGUCUCUUGGCGUCUCUUGUUUGCAUUUUUUCUCUUUGAAUGUUAGCAUAGCAACUGAACAGCGUAGCUACCCUCCCCGCCACUUCCAUUUGUUUUCCACUUGGCUAAUAAAGCGGUUUGUCCAGAGUCGUGGAGCAGUUAUCAGUUAAACCCCCCGUACCCUGGGCUGAUAGGAUGAAAUAUUGAUCGUUGCGCGCUGUUAUUUUCCAUUACACUUAACGUGAGAGCGUCAUCUCGACGCGCUACUUCCUCGUUCAGUGGUUUGCUUCUUGCUGUGUGAUAAUUUGGCAGUGAAUGUUUUUCAUGCUUCUCAUAUCGCUCAUAUUUCACCUCUGCGCGUCGGCUGUGCUUUUAGCUCGUUCUGACAUCUCUGCCGUGACGCAGGGCAAGCCGAGCCGUUGAAGUAUUGUAACAGCUAAUUGAUUAAACAAAGCUGCUGUGCUUGUGGGUGUAAUCCCUGUUGGACAUCAGCAACCGAGCUUGGCCCUGAAAUUUGUGAUUUGCAUUGAGAGCAGUUCAUUGCAGGCAGUGUAGGUAGAUAAUGGAUACAGAUAACGAGCAGCAGGAAGAAGAGACCACUUUCAGCCCUGAGAGCAAUGGCAAGCGUCCUGCACAGGAUGGUGACGACGAGCCAACCUAUAAACGCUCUCGAAAGUCUGAUGAUAUGGUGGAGCUGCGUGUGUUGCUACAGAGCAAAAAUGCAGGAGCUGUGAUUGGAAAGGGAGGCAAGAACAUCAAAGCUCUGCGCACUGAUUACAAUGCCACUGUGUCAGUCCCAGACAGCAGUGGGCCCGAGCGGAUCCUAAGUAUCAGUGCAGACAUCCCAACUGUAGCUGACAUUCUGCUGAAAAUCAUCCCUACGUUAGAGGAGUACCAGCAUCACAAAGGUUUGGACUUUGACUGCGAGUUGAGGCUGCUGAUUCAUCAGAGUUUGGCAGGCAGCAUCAUUGGUGUAAAGGGAGCCAAAAUCAAAGAGCUGCGUGACAGCACCCAGACAACCAUCAAGCUGUUCCAGGAGUGCUGCCCUCAGUCAACUGACCGUGUAGUGCUAAUCGGUGGCAAAGCAGAAAGGGUUGUCGAGUGUAUUAAGACCAUGCUGGAGCUCAUUGUAGAGGCACCAAUUAAAGGUCGUGCGCAGCAGUAUGACCCCAACUUUUAUGAUGAAACUUAUGAUUAUGGUGGGUACACCACGAUGUAUGAGGAGCGUGGCCGUCGUCCAAUGGGAGGCUUCCCCUCGCGGGAUCGUGGUGGUGGAGGCGGAUUCGACCGCAUGCCGCCCCGCGGUGCGCGUGGGGGUCACCACAUGCCACCCAGCAGGAGAGAUUAUGAUGACAUGAGCCCACGCAGGGGCCCCCCUCCACCUCGAGGAGGAGGCCGUGGAGGGGGCAGACCCCCACGGAAUAUGCCCAUGGGACCACCCCACCACCGCAGAGGCGAGGACCAGUACUACAGCUCCCACCGCAGCCACUCAGACGACAGACAUGGGGACAGGAGAGGGAGACCCCGGGACCGUUAUAGUGGCAGCAUGAAUGAUGGCGGAUAUGACAACCACUCCUCUUGGGACAACUAUCAGUCUGGUGGAAGGGGUAGCUAUGGUGAUAUGGGAGGCCCUGUCGUCACAACACAAGUGACAAUUCCCAAAGAUUUGGCAGGGUCAAUCAUUGGAAAGGGAGGCCAGAGGAUCAAGCAGAUCCGCCAUGAAUCUGGAGCAUCUAUCAAAAUUGAUGAGCCGCUCCAGGGCUCUGAAGAUCGCAUCAUCACUAUCACUGGGACCCAGGACCAGAUUCAGAAUGCACAGUACCUGUUACAGAACAGUGCUCUCCACCUCCUGAGACACCACCACGACUAACCCGGCUCAUCCCCACUUCUCUCAUGACCUUCAGCCCACUGUAGCUCUGCUCCACUCCAGCUCCUCGCUCAGAGCAGUGCUGUUUGACUCCUAGCACAUGAGACCUGUUUGAAAACUCUUCUCCAUCUCCUUAUAUGCCACAGAAGUUUCUAUUUUUUGGUUGAAUAUUUCCAACCCUGGGUGGAGGAUGUAUUCAGAUAUCCUCCAGACUUCUUAUCUUUGUUAAUAUUUUGCUUGCCUUUUUUUAUAUAUAUAAAUAUCUCUGAUUUAAGGUCCACACAACCAGUGCUUCAGUCGCCGUAUUGGGUUUUGCUGACAGCAAGUCAGCAUUCACUUUGCAUUCGGAACAGCUGUGAGCAUUUUCUUUCUGUUCUCAGCCAACCAUCCUGAGCGAGUCCAGAAUGUACACAGAUUUUUUUUUUUUUUUUUUUUUUUUUUUUUUUAAAGUAACUGCAUACCUUUUCUCUGUCACUGAGUUGAAGAAAACUUUAUUGGGGCUGUUUGGAGAAAAUUAUAUGUAAAUAUUCAGUGAUUUAUAUGAAAAGAAAAUCAAUAUAUUCACCAGAACUCCUGUACCUGUUCUGUCAGUGUGUUGGUGUUUCCUCUGCCGUAGAAUUCCAGGCUUUAUCGCAGCUUCUCCAUUGGAAGCCGUGAUGCCCGGAGAAAUUAUUUAGGUGUUGGUGAUUUGUGUAUCCUUUUUAUUUCCUCCAAUCUGUUGCUGGGUUUUUAAAACCCAGUAUUUAUUCAAUUUGCUCUACCUCUGGAAUUUUUGUAUGUUUACCACUCUAAAAUUAGGCCCACAGUCAUUUACCCCCUUUUUUGAGGAAAGUGGAUCUGAAGUUAUGCUUUACAUUGUAUUGUCAGGGCAGAGCAGCAAUUGUGAGUUUCCUCCCUCCCUCCUUUUUUUUUCUUUUCAUAUUUUUAUUUUAUUUUUUUACUCAAAUUGUCUUUGAAGCUCCUCUCCCAGACACAUUUGUAGAAUUUUGUCCUUUGUCUGAAAUAAUUAAAGACAUGCCAGUUUUUAUGAA